CAGCUUUCGUUUGUCGUUUCACUUGAAUGCUCACCCCCCCGCCUGCCCGCCCGCCCGCCCGGCUCUGUUUCUGAAAUUUAGACUCGGUCCUUCCCACUUGUCUUCUUGCGGCGGCGUGCUGAUUUUCUCUCCGCAUGUGUUAUUUUCGCCCUCAAAAAUUCCAAAUCUCUGUGCAAAGAUGAAAUAGAAAUGGACUACGCGUUUUAACUUGAAGUUUCGUUGGUGGUUGGCUGGUUUGCUUUAGCUUUCUUUGAUUAGAACGCUGUUUCAUCCAUUUUCCUUUUGAUCCUUUCCCAUUUUGUUGUGCUCAUUUUGACGUUUUGAACUCAUUUGGUGCUUGAAAACUCUAUUGGGUUUGUGUUGGUUUUGGCUUUCGUUGCUUUGAUUGAAAUGGGUAAGGUUGAGAAUCCGAGUUUUCAUCGCUUCAGGCUUCGAUUUCGGGUUUUUGGGUUGGUUGUAACGAGUCUUCUGUUUCAGAGUUUUCAUUUGUGUUGGUCGCUGAAUGAAGAAGGUUUGACUCUUCUCAAGUUCAGAGAGAGAGUUUUGAAUGAUCCAUUUGAUUCUUUGUCAAAUUGGAAUGAUCACAAAGAAGAUAUUAAUCCAUGUUUUUGGUUUGGAGUUGAAUGUUCAGAUGGCAAAGUUAUUUCCCUGAAUUUGCAGAAUCUUUGUCUUGAAGGAACACUUGCUCCUGAGCUCAAGAACUUAAUCCAUAUAAAAUCUAUUAUUUUGCGAAACAAUUCGUUCACUGGAACCAUCCCUGAUGGAUUAGGAGGACUUGAAGAACUGGAGGAGCUAGAUUUAGGAUACAACAACUUCUGUGCGCCACUUCCAACUGAUCUUGGCACCAAUCUCUCACUGGGAAUUCUUCUGUUGGAUAACAACAAGCAUCUUGUUAGCUUAUCUCCUGAAAUUCAUCAGCUUCAAUUACUUUCGGAGUUUCAAGUUGAUGAAAACCAGCUUUCGAAUACAGCUGAAGGGCCAUUAUGCAACAAGAAAUCGAUUUCAUGUGAUGAUGUUCAAAUAAAAGAAAGUAGAGGAAGACGACAGCUUCGAGUGCCAGCUACUCAAAUACAGUCCACACUGCAGCUUACAGAUGCAGAUGCUAAAGUUACUCAAGUGUCAUCAUCGAAUGGAAGUGUUCCAAAACCACCACCACCACCUACCAAUGUAUCUAUCUCAAAUGGAAACAAUUCACCUCCACCGUCCCAGCAAUCUCCUCCAACCCCCCCACCAGAAACACCCAAGGUGUUACCUCCACCACCGCCUUCUUCAAACUCACCCGAAAAAAGCGAUAAAUCAUCUUCACUCGGUGUAGUUUUAGGAGCAAGUGCAGGGGCUGCCAUAUUCAUUAUCGCAUUGGCCGUUGCCAUUUACUUCUGGACCAGCAAUAAAGCCACUGUCAAGCCAUGGGCAACGGGAUUAAGCGGACAGCUUCAGAAAGCAUUCGUUACUGGUGUGCCAAAGCUGAAAAAAUCUGAGCUUGAAGUAUCUUGUGAGGAUUUCAGUAACGUAAUCGGUUAUUCACCCAUUGGUCCGGUGUAUAAAGGGACGUUGUCGAGCGGGGUUGAGAUAGCUGUGAACGUCAUUUCAGUGAAGUCUUCUAAAGAUUGGUCAAUGGCGUUGGAAACUCAGUUCAGGAAAAAGAUCGAUACGCUGUCGAAGGUAAAUCACAAGAACUUCGUCAACCUUAUUGGGUAUUGCGAGGAAGAGGAGCCCUUCAGUCGAAUGAUGGUUUUCGAAUAUGCUCCGAACGGAACGCUGUUUGAACAUCUUCAUGAUGAAGAAUUCGAGCACUUGAACUGGAAAAUGCGAAUGAGAAUAGCAAUGGGCAUGACUUACUGCCUCGAAUAUUUGCACGAGCAGCAGACCGCGCCACUAAUCCAACUCAACCUUACAUCAUCCGCUGUCAAUCUGACCGAGGAUUAUGCAGCAAAGAUUGCCGAAUGCAGUUUACAAAACGAAAUCGUUGCAGAGGUCCGGAACUACACGAGCGGACAUCUCUUAAACACUUCGUCAGGAGGUCCAGAAAGCCAAAUCUACAGCUUUGGGUUAGUAUUGUUAGAACUAAUGACAGGUAGAAUUCCCCAUUCAGAAGAAAAUGGUUCACUUGAAGAAUGGGCAAUACAAUACUUAAGAUUCGACCAACUUCUUAAGGACCUUGUCGAUCCGACUCUCGUAUCGUUCCAAGAGGAGCAGUUGGAGCAGAUCGGUCAGUUGCUAAAAGCAUGCUUACUUUCCGAUCCAGAGCAGAGACCAACGAUGAAGUUCGUCGCUGCAAGGUUGAGAUUAAUAACUGGGAUAACCCCAGAUGAAGCGAUCCCAAGGCUUUCUCCUCUUUGGUGGGCUGAGCUCGAGAUUGUGUCGGAAGGACGAUAAGGUGUCGAAUCUCGAUUGUUGUUGCAAGUAUGAGCAGAACUUCUUCUGUAUCAUGUCUAGUUUUCUGCUGGAUCAUAUUGUGGAUAUCUUCACUUUAGAGGUUUUGCUUGUAUAUAUGUGAGAUAGUUCAUAUACAUACAUAUAUAUAUAUUUACAUACAAAUUACAAGUUUUA